AUGGCUUUAGUCCCUCACCCGUCUCCUCCUGGUGUGCUGGGCUUGCAGCAUCCUCCUCAUUUUGGCCAGAUCAAUGGAGCGGCUCCGGUGGACGCGCAUAUGCAGAGACAACGACUGCUGGCACAACUGAACGAAUCUACCUGGCAAAGAAUUGGCUCUCUGAAUGAGUUGCUGGGCGACCACGAAGGGGCAUUGUUCGCAUACGAGCAAGCUCUUCGACACAAUCAAUGGUCGCCUCAGACCUUAAAUGCGAUAUCUUGCAUCCUGCGCACCAAGGAGAAGUAUCCAGAGGCCAUGGAGUAUCUCAAAAGUAUACUCAAGGUAGAGCCCGCCAAUGGUGAGGCGUGGGGAAAUUUGGGCCAUUGCUACUUGAUGAUGGACAACUUGCAAGAAGCAUACACUGCCUAUCAGCAGGCUUUGUACUAUCUGCCGGAUCCUAAGGAGCCCAAGCUAUGGUAUGGGAUAGGCAUACUAUACGACCGAUACGGCUCCUUGGAACAUGCAGAGGAAGCCUUCUCCCAAGUCAUGCGCAUGCAGCCAGACUUUGAGAAAGCCAACGAGAUCUACUUCAGGCUUGGUAUAAUCUACAAGCAGCAACAGAAAUUCCAACAGAGUCUAGAGUGCUUCAAGUACAUAGUCAAUGAUCCGCCUCGACCGUUGAAUGAAGAGGACAUCUGGUUCCAGAUUGGCCACGUUUAUGAGCAACAGAAAGACUUUGAAGCUGCCAAGUCGGCGUAUCGUCGCGUGCUGGAAAGAGAUCCCAAGCACGCGAAGGUCCUGCAACAGCUCGGUUGGCUACACCAUCAACAGAGCAACAGCUAUCAGAGCCAAGAGCAAGCUAUUGAGUACCUUGAACAGUCUGUCAGCUCAGACAACCAAGAUGCUCAGAGUUGGUACCUUCUGGGCAGAUGCUAUAUGGCACAGCAGAAGUUUCCCAAGGCAUAUGAGGCCUAUCAGCAAGCUGUGUACCGGGACGGUCGCAAUCCUACAUUUUGGUGUUCCAUUGGUGUCUUGUACUACCAGAUCAACCAAUAUCGGGAUGCUCUCGACGCGUAUUCUCGCGCGAUCCGACUGAACCCCUAUAUUUCAGAGGUCUGGUAUGACCUCGGAACUCUGUAUGAGUCAUGCAACAAUCAGACUUCGGAUGCCCUUGAUGCAUACGCCAGAGCUGCAGAGCUUGAUCCUACCAACAGCCACAUCAAAGCGCGUCUCGCCCUUCUUAGAAGCGGUGCCGCCACCGGACCCAAUCAGCACAACGCUCCUGUGCCUCAGGAUGUUCAUCCUCAGGCAUAUCAGAAUGGUGUCGGUGUUCCCCCUGGCCCCCAAUGGGGUGCGCCUUCGUCGUCCAACCAGCAAUCACAACAGCCUCCGGUUGAUCCUGGUAGAGUGAGCGACUGGACAAGAGGCCUUGCAGGCAUUCAACAACCUCCACCACAACCCAAUGGCUUCGAAGGUCGGGACAGUAUGAGGGCUCCACCUCCUCGUGCGCCCAGUCCGAGACAAGAACCUCCCCGGCCCUAUGAUUCUGCUCGUCAGACCCCGAGCAGAAAGUUGCAAUCCCCGUCACCCAAGAUGCAGUCCUCGAUACCAGGGAUGUAUCCUCCAAGCGCUCAAACUCUACCCCAGGUCAACUUGCAAGAUCGUGGGCCAGGCUUUGGUACCGGAGUCCGCCCAUCUCCCACUAUGAACGGUGCUCCCGCACCUCCUACUAAUGGUAGUGGCUCUGGGACCACACUGCCACCAUAUGGACGGCCUUUCAGUCCACCUAGUGAGCUGAGACCGUUGCGCGACGACCAUCCUCAGUCACCGGGCGCUACAUUCCGGCAACCGCCGUACCAUUCUGGAGGACCAUUCCCUAGCAUUGCUAAUGGAAUGUCUUCGGCUGCACCGCCGCUCCCAGGUAUAGACGGACCUCCACGUGACGAGCGACCUGCGUCUGCCAUGAAACGAUCUCGCGAAUGGGAAGGUGAGCAAGGACCGUCCAAGAAACUUGCAAGCGAGGAGACACGUGCUCGGCUCGAUGAUCCAAGCCGGCGGAACAGUCCUCCAGGUCGGCUUCCAACGCCAAAAGAGCACUUUAGACGUAGCUCUUCCGAAGUUCGUCGCGAGAACGAGCGACGAGCAAACGAGAAUUAUCACCCAUCCGAGGCAGCCCAUCAUCCUUGCAGCCUUCCUCCGCAACAAAUCCCAUCUAUGCAGUCGAUCUUGGACGGCCCAAAAGAAGCAGCUCAAGAGCACGUUGAGCAGGCCGCUCGCAAGGUGGAGGUCGAUGAAGAUUAUGACAACAACAGUGAAGACGACAAGAGGGCCGGCGCGGGACCAACCAUAAGCAGUCCUCAAGCCGCCGUUCCUCCAUCUGCAACUCCCAAGCCGGAACCUGCACCCUGA